AACACUCUUAAAGUCUUUUUAAAACAUGCUUUAGUAAAGUUGACUUCCCUAAGGUAGCGAUUUUUGCUCAGAAGUUCGCAAAUCGCAUUUAAACGUUUCUUCGACUUAAAAAGCCGGUUCAGAACACAAACCUUCGUCGGGAUUCGGAGUUUCUAACUAAUCAGUCCUGAAAGUGACUUGGAAUUCAUGGUACCGUUCUAACGAAACUUCUUGCAUUUUGGGAAGGAGGUGAUGCCCUGUCGCUUUCUUGAAUACGGCCGGUGUCGCGCUGUACACUGCGGCUAUUCGUCUUGUCCGCUUUGUCCUUUAAGCUUUUUGUUUUGACUCUUCGCUGAUUCGACUAGCGCUACAUCCUGACAGGAUUCUUCGUGUUUACGUUGUACUUAAAAUGUUUAUCUUUCGCUGUUUCGUUUUUCGGAGAUACUUGUUGCAGCAUGAAGUUGUGUCAUCGUCGUGUGUACAUCUUACUCUUUGACAGCUUAAUCCGUGGUUGGUGUCUUGCAGCGUUGUUUUGCCAUUUGUUGCGCUUCACUGUACGUGCCGCAGAGCUGACGGCGGCGAGCGAGCGAUCAGAAAGGCCGGGGACCGGACUUGGUCUGCUGCGGAGGUCCAAAUAUCCAUCGGAACUGCUCAUGAUGAAUUUGAUAGUAGCGGUAGUAUGAUCGAUAUUGUCCAUCUGAUUAUAGUGAGCGUGACCAGCUAAAGAAGAGAAAAACGCAUCAUGGAUACCAAAGACGGAUGGACUUUUGGGUUGCUGCUUUCCAUUUUAAUCGUGUUGUCGGAACCGGACUCAAUUGUUGGUGCCCAAGCCUUGAAUGGGACACACGAGGGCGCUGUUCUGGAUUCUGGAAGGGCACCUUUGAUCACCUCUAGGAUCCAUCAGAUUAUUGCCCGGGAAGGCAAUAGUGCCUUGAUAGACUGUAAUGUAACAGGGGACCCAAUCCCUCAUUUUCAGUGGUACAACUCGAAUGGUAACUUAUUGGAUUCCGGGGAAAAUGGAAAGUGGUGGAUUUUAGACAAUGGAAUCCUAAAUAUCACCAGCAUCACUUUUGAUGAUCGUGGCAAGUACACAUGUGUGGCCAGUAAUGUUUUUGGCAGCACCAAUUACACAGUAACUCUCAGGGUUGUGUUCACCACUGGAGACAUGGGGAUAUAUUACAUGAUUGUUUGCCUUGUGGCCUUUACCAUUGUCUUAGUAUUGAAUAUUACUCGGCUAUGCAUGAUGAGCAGCCACUUAAAGAAGACAGAGAAAGCCAUCAAUGAGUUUUUUAGGACUGAAGGUGCUGAGAAACUGCAGAAGGCUUUUGAAAUUGCCAAGCGUAUCCCAAUAAUAACCUCUGCUAAAACGCUGGAACUAGCAAAAGUGACCCAGUUCAAAACAAUGGAGUUUGCCCGUUAUAUUGAAGAGCUGGCCAAAAGUGUGCCUCUGCCACCUUUGAUUAUGAACUGUAGAACUUUCAUGGAAGAGAUUAUGGAGGUAGUUGGCAUUGAAGAGCAACGACAUACUUUUGUUAGGCAAGCCCCUGAGAGAAGAGAUGAAGGUACUGACAGUGGAGGAUCAGAUGUUUACACUAUCCCAAACUCCUUGAAACGUAGUGAAUCCCUUACUGGAGAUUCUGAUGAUGCUUCUUUACAAGAUCACCCACAACACAUUGCCAUUAAGGUUUCUGUGCAUCCUCUGUCAGGAAAGACCAGCAGCUUGGAUACCCAGUCUGAACACAGCAUUCAGAGUGACCCCAAGGAAGUCUUGACUUUAGCAGAACCUGAAUUGCCUCCUAAUGAUCAAGUAGAGUCUGCACAGCCAGAAAAAGGCAAAAAUAGCAUUGUGUUCUAUGAAAGCCAUGUUUAAUAUUCAUUCAAUAAUUAAGAUUAGUAAAUAUCUAUGCACUCUCUAAAGUAAAAUUACAGCAAACAAAGACAUUAAACAUUUUGCUAUGAGUAAUUUGCUCCAUGGCCUUAUCAGAAAAUUCAGUUUAGAUUAAUAACCAAUCUGUGCAUUUAUAUCUAUUUAUUGAAGGCUGCCUAUAAAUGAUAGUUUACUUUUUCUUUAAACUCUGACUGGUAUACUUCUUAAUCUUUGAAGUUGUUCAUUUUUGUUUCUUUAUUUAUUUCAGUAUUUCUUAACCAUAGUUUCAUAGAAGUUAUGAAGGCAUACUGUAUAUUGGAAUUUGGUUUAACUUUGUUUCGCUUUUUAUUGUCAUACCAACCUUAUUUUUUUUUCAUAGAAUUACUUGGGGAUGGCAUGUUUUCUGUAGUAACGUGACAGUAUUUGGCUUUACUUUGGUAAAUAAUGCCCUGGUGGCCACAAAAAGAGCCAAGUGACACAAUAUCUGGUGUAUAUGUAGUGAGAGUUUCUUGUAACCAUAACUGAGGCUUUUUCUCGGUCAUUGCUCAUUUUUACAGAAAUAAACCAAUCUGUAGUCUUGA